AUGGACGUGAUCAAGUGGAAAUCCCAGGAAGCCUUCAACCAGACCCCAUCCAGCUCCCUCCUGCGUGACCCUGUGGAGGGGAGGAACAGCACCAACUGUACCAGGGCCCUGAGGCUGCCGGAUGCGACCAGUGCCGCCUGGUACAUCCUCACCAUCAUCGGCAUCUAUGGUGUGAUCUUCAUCUUCCAGCUGGCCAGCAACAUCCUCAGAAAGAAUGAGAGGUCCUUGGAGGACAUUUAUUAUUCCAACUUAACUUCUGAACUCAAAUGGGAAAGGUUUCAGAGCAAGGUAGCUGAGUGCUCACUGAUCAUCAGCAAUACAGCAGCCCUCCAGCCUCAUCAAGAUGGCCUGGACCCAAGAGGGGAAGAAGACAGGCUCCACAUGGGAACCCAGGGGGUCCCUUGA